AUGGCAUCAUUCGUCGCAUCCUUUGUCAACCCAUGCAAUUUCAUUGGGGGUGUGAAUUUCGACCCAGACCAAGAUAUCCCCGACUUGGCCGGGAAGGUCGUGCUGGUGACUGGCGGAAAUGCCGGUCUCGGAAAAGAAACAGUCCUCCAGCUGGCCAAACACAAGCCAUCGCAAAUCUUCCUCGGGGCACGAUCAGGUCCCAAGGCCGAGGAAGCCAUCCGCUCAGUCCAGGAAUCCGUCCCUGGAGUCGAGAUCCACUGGCUACCACUGGAUCUCACAUCAACGAGCUCGAUCCAAAGCGCCGCUGAGAAAUUCCACGCGCACUCUUCCAGACUAGACAUCCUAAUCCUCAACGCCGGCGUGAUGGCCCUGCCCCCGGGCGAAACAGAAAUGGGCCACGAAAUUCAGCUGGGCACAAACCACACGGGUCACUUCCUGCUCACCAAACUCCUCCUCCCAACCCUGCUCAAGACCGCCGAGGACCCGCACGCCGACGUCCGCGUCGUGUCGCUCUCGUCCGUGGGCCAUAACAUGGCCCCGUCGUUCGAGACGAUCCUCAACCAGGACCGGCUCAAGAAUGUCAACACUAAUGCGCGCUAUGGCGCCUCCAAGGCGGCGAAUAUCUUGUUUGCGGCUGAGCUUGCUCGUCGCUACCCCUCUCUAACAUCUGUGUCGGUCCAUCCGGGCAUUAUCCUGACCGAUCUGUAUGGCGCUAUUAGCGAGAGCUCUCUGAUCGCCGGUCUGGGUACCCAGACGCUGAGUUUCUUUGGGUCGUCGGUGCCUGUCGGGGCGCGAAACCAGUUAUGGGCUGCGGCUGGUGCGAAGAAAGAGGAUCUUGUGAACGGGGCGUAUUAUGUUCCUGUGGGCAAUUUGAAAAGUCACAAUUGCUAUGCUACCAGCAAAGAUAUGGGGGCGCGCUUGUGGGAUUGGACGGAGACGGAGCUGCAAAAAUGUAACUUGUGA